GGCGCUUCAGCCUGAGGGCGGCCGCCGUGCUCGCCGCCCCGGAGGUGGGGGCUCCGCGUGGGGCCCCGGCUGCCAUGGAGGAGCCGCCGCCACCCCCCUGAUCCCCGAGGCUGCCAGCACCGAGACAAAGCGCGGGGCUGCCCGCCGCGCCCGCCCGGCCGAGCCAUGGUGGAGCCGCCGGCUGAGCCGCCCCCGCCGCCCUGCCCGGCGCCCGGGGGGGCAGCGGCAGCAGAGCCGGCCCGGCCAGGGGAGCAGUCGCCGUUGCUGCACCUGGACCUGUACAACUUCGACUGCGCGGCGGCGGAGGGCAGCCGGUACGUGCUGACCAGCCCGCGGUCGCUGGAGGCCUGCGCCCGCUGCGCCGUGCGGCCGGUGGAGCUGCUGCCGCGGGCGCUGGGGGACCUGCUGCGGGAGGCCCCCGGGCGCUCCAUGCGGGUGGCCACCGGCCUCUACGAGGCCUACGAGCGGGAGCGCCGCCGCAAGCUGCAGCAGUGCCGCGAGGAGAGGGAGAGGAUUAUCCGGGAGGAGAAGAGGCGGAUCCUCGCACCCCUCGGCAGCCUGCCGCUUUCGCCCGCCGCCCGCAGUGCGCCCCGGGCUGCUGGUGCUGCUGCCACCGCUGCCGGGCCUCGGCCCCAUGGAGGGGGCAAGGCCGGGGCGUCCGGGGGUGCCAAGGCCAAGAGCCACUCGCUGGACUCGCUGCAGAAGCGCCGUGAGGGCAGCUGGGGCAAGACCUCGUCCGAGUCGGGGGCUUCGUCCUCCUACAGCGGGGAGAGCCUGCGGGAGCGCGGCGGCAAGGUGGGCGGCCGGGGCCGGGGAGCAGCAGCCGCCGCCACCAGCUCCCUGCUGGGGCGCAGCUUCAGCCUGGGCGACCUCAGCCACUCGCCGCAGACCGCCCAGAAGGUGGAGAGGAUCGUCAGGGAGGUGAAAAGGAGGAAGGGCCUUUCGGAGGUGCCGGAGAGGGACAAGAAGAUCGCGGCGCUGAUGAUCGCCAAGCACCAGGAGGCCAGCCUGCUGCGGGAGCAGCGGCAGGCGGCACACCUGCAGUGGGACAGCCAGCGGCGCCGGGCGGAGCAGCGGAAGGAGCAGGAGGAGAAAGAGAAGCGGAAGGCCCUCCUGCAGGGCCAGCGGUUGUGGGAGAGCCAGGUGCAGAAGCGUCGGGGGAGGCUGAGCCAGGAGCAGGAGGCGGCAGCUCUGCUGAAGCAGAGGCAGCGCAUGGUGCACGAGGAGAGGUGGCGGGAGCAAGCAGAGAAGCAGGAGCGGCUGCGAAGGGAAAGGCUGCAGAGAGCCAUCCAGGAGGACAAGCAAAAGAAGCUUCAUCAAGAGCACAACCUGAAGGUGAAGGAGGAGGGCAAGAAGGAGCACCAGGAGCGAGAGGAGCAGCUCCUGCAAGAGAAGCUAUCCAUGGCCGUGCAGAAGAGGCUGAAGAAGGAGGUACAGCUGCAGAAGGAGAAGAAGCUGCUCAACCAAGCAGAGAAGCUGAAACACGAGGCCUUGCUCAAGGAGCUGACCAAGCAAAAGGCAGAAGAGAGGGAAAUGCUGAAGGCCUCCCUGGAGAUGAGUUUGACAAAGGCUCAGGAGAACUAUGAGCAACUAGUGGAGAAGAGGAACCAGGAGCUGAGGGAGAAGGCCAGGAGGGAGGACAUGCAGAUCCAGAGAGCCAAACUGGCAGCAGAGAAGAGGGAAAGAGAGCAGAAGGAGCACUUGGAGGCCCUUGCUAGAGAGACAGAGAGAAAGCUCCAGCAUGCUGCCCAGGUGGCUGAAGAGGCUGUCCAAGAAAAAGCCCGCAGGGUCGUCUUGAGCCGUCUGGAGAAGGAGAAAGUGCAGAAGAUGAACAAGCAGAAGGUGGAACAGUACGAGGACUUACGGCGCAGGGAGACCCUCCUCUCUAUAGAGAGGAAGCUGGAGAGGAGUGAGCAGAUCUUCAAGGAGAAGAAGACUGUCUUAGAAAAUGCCAGGUCUGUUGCUCGGGCAUCCUUCCAUGUCCGGGAAAAGGUGCGUGAGGAGACAAACACGCGCACCUUUGACAAGAUGGCCUUGGAAGCGGAACUGCAUGCCCACCUGAAUAAGAAAUGAAAGAUCUUGUCAUGGAUGAGUGGGGAGACAUCACCAGUUGUCCAUCAUAAUGCAUCAAGAAGCUCCUCCGCAUUAACAUUUAAAAAAUAGCACAACCAACAACCACCCUAAAUUCUUAUUUUGGGGGGACAGGGUACCGCACAAAAACGUGGCAGCUAUUUCACAUACUGUUUAAAGUCUGCUGAUAAAAACCAGUCUUCUUCACGUGUUGUUCAUAGCACAGUGGGCCAUAUGUGCCCUUGUUGCUGCAAGGACAUAGGAAAGAGAUGCCCAAUGGCCCAAAUCCAGCCUGUACAAAACUUUCUUUACUUCCUGGCAGCACUACAGUUGGGCUGAAAUGUGCAGUGACUCCAGCACAGCCAACAUUCCAUCUUGUCUGUGGCCUUAGGGCCUGCAGAGAAAGCCUGCCAGCACAGAUGUGAGGGUUCUUGCUCCCUGCAUCAUUGCACUGUGGCUGAAGUUCACUGCCUGGUUCAUUUAGCAGAGGGCAAAUGGGAAGAGCUGGGAAACAGCAGAAAGAAGGCAAAAUGUGGUGGGCAAAUGAGCAGACAUGGUCUUUAUCUGGAACAGCAUUUUUUUCCCCCAGAGGUCUACUGCAAUCUACCUGAAGGCUUUGUCCAAACCUCCCUCGGAGGGGCAUUUCCAGUGUAAAGUGAGAAUGUUUCACAGCGCAGGAGCCAUGUCUUGACCCCUGACUGUAAUUACACCUGGAGUCCAUCUCCUGCUGCUGACCGAGUUUGACACUGUGGGGUUAGAGCUGAACUAAUCAAAACACACCUACAUGGUGGUAAUUGGAUCGACAAACUACUGUUCCUGUACUGUGCAGCGUGCAGCUCAAGUUUUGAAUGUGCAAUCUAAGAAAAAAUAUUUUUUUUUCCAAAAGACAUCAAUAUGUGUAUGGAUAUUUUUUUUAUUUCUGUAGUUUAAAGUCUGUGAAAGCCAACAGAGUUCAUAAGUUGUUUAAAAUUGCAGCAUGGGAAAUGAAGUCAGCAAGUUCGGUGGAGGCAUUAGAGAUAUCUUUGGUCUGAUUCUGCUUCUGUUUAAUUGAGGAGUUCUGCUUCUGGAUUUCUGUGGGAACAGAAAUUAAACCCUUUUGGAUGAGGCUUA